UUAUCUUGUUUGUUAUAAAAAUUAAUUGUCAGUUAUUUGUUUUGAGGGUAUGUAAAUGUGAAUUGAAAACGUUGUGCUCGUUGUGAUAUGGGAAUGUGAAUGGAAAUAAUUAAAUAGUUAACAAUGGCCGUUUAUCGACCCAGGGGCACGUUGGCACGUGUUAUCUAUGCCAAAUUCCAUAAUGACAAUUUUCUGGAGAAUAUAGACACACAACAGUGGUAUUCAUUGAACUGCAGCGAACUGCCGGAAAGAUUUCAGUCGAAAUUCGUUGCCCUCAAGCAGCCAGACACAAUAACAAUAAAAUGGCUGGAGCGUGCAAAAAUGUUAUCUUCAAAUAUUUGGUUGCACUUGUGGCAUGCGCUCGCCAGGUCUGUUCUACAGUUUUUUAUGACACAGACGGAUAUCAAUGGCCUGCUAAAACGCGGCUCCAUGUUCAUUCUAUCUGAGGAUCAAUUCUAUAAGCUGCUGGAGGCAGGCGGUUUUGUAGCGAGAUCUUUACCUCAAACAAUUACGUUGCUGGACAUUGGCGCGGGUGACGGUGAGGUCUCGCUGCGUGUGGCAAACAGUGUCACGGAACUAAGUGGAAAUGCAGUUUUGCAGGUCUUUGCCACCGAGGCUAGUUGGACAAUGCGCGAGAGGCUAAAGAAAUUGAAUUUUAAUGUAGUUACCGAAAUACAAGAGCUGCAGAAUGUUGAACUAAUUUCAUGUCUUAAUGUUCUGGAUCGAUGUUUUGACUCUUUCAAACUGUUGGAGGAUAUACAUACCGCCUUGGCUCCACAUGGACGAGCUGUAAUUGCAUUGGUGCUUCCCUACAUGCACUAUGUGGAGACGAAUACAUCGCAUUUACCAUUGAGGCCACUAAUGGACAAUCCCAACAAGCGAAAUGGUCGCGGCACAUCCUUCGAGGAGGAAGCAACAAUGUUUUUGGAAUUACUCGAGAACUGCGGCUUUCGUGUCGAAUCCUGGACAAAGGCACCUUAUUUAUGCGAAGGUGAUCUUCGACAAUCAUUCUAUUGGCUGAUCGAUAUUAUUGUUGUACUUUCCAAAACGACUACUUAAGUAUAUGUAUGUAUAUUAUAUUAUGUAUUAUGUAUAAUAAACUUCCUAAUA